AGCAGUGUGCGCACUUGCACAGGAAGAAAAAAAAAAAACCUCUCCUUCCCUCCUCUCCGACUGGUAACUUUCUCCAAGCCUGGCGUAGAACGCUAGACUCUUGACUGACGCGACGAGUACACCGUUUUCAGAGCCUCCGUGCACAUUCUUGGUCUAAGUUUUAAAAUUAGCAUGCGAAAGUCGCGUUGAAGGAAAACUAGCGUCGCACGUUUCCCUCGUCAAAACGUCAUGUUUAAAUCUGUGGCCAAGAUGACCGCGGACGACGUGUCGCCAAGAUGUGUCGAGUUCGUCACGGAUCAACUGUAUUUCGCCAUACUCCGUCAGAAGAUCAAGAGCACAGCUGAGCGACACUGUUUCUGCAUAGACGAGGAGUUGGCCUACGAGAACUUCUAUGCGGACUUUGGCCCCCUUAACCUGGCCAUGUUUUAUCGCUUCUGUUGCAAGCUGACAAAGAAGCUCAAGUCUAUCACACUGUCAAGAAAGAAGAUCAUAUUUUACACAUGUGGAGACCAGAAAAAACAGGCCAAUGCUGCUUAUCUUAUAGGCGCAUAUGCUGUAAUGCAUCUAAACAUGAUGCCAGAGGAAGCCUACAGUCUGCUGGUGUCGAGGAAUUCAACAUACAUCCCAUUCAGAGAUGCUUCGUUUGGAACCUGCAUGUACAAUCUGAACAUCCUGGAUUGCCUCCGUGCUGUGCACAAGGCUCUGCAGUACGGCUGGCUGGACUUCUCCAACUUCGACGUGGAGGAAUAUGAGCACUAUGAGCGAGCAGAAAACGGAGACUUAAACUGGAUCAUUCCAGGAAAAUUCCUUGCAUUCAGUGGGCCUCAUCCAAAAAGCAAAAUAGAGAAUGGCUAUCCCCUGCACGCGCCCGAGGCCUACAUUCCGUACUUCAGAAAACACAAUAUCAGCUCUGUCAUCCGCCUCAACAAGAAGAUGUACGAUGCCAGGCGUUUUACAGACUCCGGCUUUGAACACCAUGACCUGUUCUUUGUGGACGGGAGCACGCCGACUGACGCCAUCGUCAGGAAGUUCCUCAACAUCUGUGAGAACGCAGACGGAGCAAUAGCAGUCCAUUGCAAAGCUGGUCUGGGGAGGACUGGCACUCUGAUUGGCUGCUACAUGAUGAAACAUUACCACCUGACCGCUGCGGAGGCCAUCGCCUGGAUUCGGAUAUGCCGACCAGGUUCCAUCAUUGGACCUCAGCAGAACUUUGUUGAAGAGAAGCAGAACGGUCUCUGGGCCGAGGGAGAUGUUUUCCAAGAGAAGAUGCUGAAUGAGCGUGAGAACGGAAAGGUGGCUGUAACAAGGAUCCUGUCUGGAGUGGAUGACAUCACCAUCAACGGGAGCAACAAGAACAGGGCAGCCAAGACGGAAGAAAUGGAACUGUAUAAUGAUGAAGAGGAGAGAAAUGCCCUGACACAGGGCGAUAAACUGCGGGCACUGAAGAGCAAGAGGCAGGCGAGGUCGUCUACAGGCUCACUAUCACAGGAAGAGAAUAAGAUUCACACCAGGUCGUCAUCACAGUCCCUGAGCAGGGCCAUCUUGCAGAACAGUGUUCAGGGCUGUAAGAGCGGAGUCAACCCUUUGGCUCUGUCUGACCACUCGGACAGCAGGAAGAGAACCAGGACCUCGCUGCCAGCCAACGGAGUGGGAGGAAGCUCCCUGUGCCACACCAGACUGGUCAAGUCACUAGGCAACUUGCACGUAGUGACUGGCGACAGGGACCCAAUGUGUUGUGAGCCGUGUGGCAGCCAUAGAGACGCAGCCAGUGCCGCAUCCAGCACAGGCACUUUCAUCAACUUAAACAUGGCGCAGGUCCACCUGCAGAAGCACUGCCUCCCAAGGACGUAAAACUCGCAGGUCUUUGCAAUCUGUUCGAUUUUCAAGGCUAUGUCACUCCAUACCCAAAGCUAGAGCUCCUCUCCUUCGGUGAGCCUGUGGAUCUGGACAGCCUGAGGAAAUGUAUAUGGAAUCCAAUUCAUAUACAGCAGUACUAGUUUCAGUUGUUUUUUUAAUUUAGAAAAAAUAUUGGAAAAAUCUUUAACCGACAUGUCAGUGAUUUAUAGAUGAGCCCAAGUUAUUUUUAGCCUGAAAGGCACUUGUUUUUAUAUAAUUUUUUUUUUUUAACCGUAUCAUGAAACAAAGUGAUGUUAUAAUCAUUGCCUGGUUGUUCCUACCUAUUGAAGCAUGCAGUAGCAAACAUCAGAUUGAACUACAUCCAUCCAGAAGACUGGCAUGUGAAUGUGUGAAUCCAAGAGAUUUCCUCCAGAUUACGCACUGGGCAGCAGAUAUUCAGCUCUAUGAAGAUGGAUGAUAUCACAUUGAUAGAUUGGGCCGGGAAUUCAAAAAACCUGCGUUUGUUGAUCCAUGGCAGACGGAUUUGUAGCCUUAACAUUGCAUGAAUUUAAUCACAAGAUUCAGUAUUCUGCACAUUCGUACCAGCGUCCGAUAUCUGGUGUCUCUUUCAUUCCUGUCAUCUGAAGCUUUUCGGCUGCUAGAUUUCAAGACUGUAAAUAUGUGAACAUUUGAUAUACUGUAUUUUGUAAAUAUUUUUGUACUAUGUUUUAAUCAUGCUAUAAGAAGUCAAUGGUCCUAAAGGGGCUUUAUCCAACUCAUGUUCUUAAUCCACUAAAGAAAACAGCUUAAAGCUCAUAGAAUCUGACAUUUUAAAUAAAAAUUGUACCCACUA